GGACUGACGAGCACGGGCUGAAGAUCCAGCAGGCUGCAGCCGCAGCAGGGACGUCACCCCCGGAGCUCUGCGAGCGGAUCUCGGGGCUGUUCCGCCAGGCCCUGACCCAGGCUGGCGUCUCCUUUACAGAUUUCACGCGCACCAGCGAGCCGCGGCACCAGCGAGCCGUGCGGCACUUCUGGGGUGCCCUCUGCGCUGGUGGGGCACUCUACAAAGGCACAUAUGAGGGCUGGUACUGCACUCCCGAGGAGUGCUUCCUCCCAGAGAGCCAGCUGGCCGAGCGCACGGACGCCCAGGGACGCCCCUGCAAGGUCUCUCUGGAGAGUGGCCACCAGGUGCACUGGACCAAAGAGGAGAAUUACAUGUUCAGGCUCUCGGCAUUUCGGGAUCCACUGCAGAACUGGCUCCGGGACAACCCACGCACCAUUUCUCCCGACCCUUUCUACCAGCGCGUGCUCCGCUGGCUGGACGAGGACUUGCCGGACUUGUCAGUCUCCCGUGAGCGAAGCCGGCUGCAGUGGGGCAUCCCCGUCCCCAGUGACCCCACACAGACUAUCUAUGUCUGGGUGGACGCCCUGGUGAACUACCUGAGCGUGGUGGGGUACCCCGAGAGCCACGGCGUGUGGUGGCCGGCCGCGCACCAUGUUGUGGGCAAGGACAUCCUCAAGUUCCAUGCGCUGUACUGGCCGGCGCUGCUGCUGGCGGCAGGGUUGGCCCCCCCAGAGCGCAUCCUGGUACACUCCCACUGGACAGUGCGUGGGCAGAAGAUGUCCAAGAGCCUGGGCAAUGUGGUGGACCCUGCCACGUGCAUGGGGCAGUUUGGUGUGGAUGGGUUCCGGUACUUCCGUUGCUUCCUGCUGCGGCAGGGCGUCCCGGAGCGGGACUGUGACUAUUACGACGAGAAGGUGGUGAAGUUGCUGAAUUCGGAGCUGGCAGAUGCACUCGGAGGUCUGCUGAAUCGCUCAACAGCCCCCAGCAUUAACCCAAGCAACACCUACCCGCGCUUCUCAGAGGCCUGUUUUCCAAAGGUCUUGGGCACCAAGGAGGCAAAAGGCACGGGCAGGGUGUCUGCUGAGGACUAUGAGCUCGUGGCAGCAGUGGCCUCGCUGCCUGUGCAGGUGGCCAGUUAUUUUGAAGGUUUCCAGAUCUACAAGGCUUUGGAAUGCAUAGCCCAGUGCGUGAGGCAGACCAAUGGCUUCUUCCAGAGACACAGGCCUUGGAAACUUGACCGAAGCGAUGCUGCAGAGCAGCUCUGGCUGGACACCAUCCUCUACGUCACGCUGGAGUGCCUGCGUGUCUAUGGGACACUCCUGCAGCCUGUGGUUCCGCACAUGGCAGACAAGCUGCUGUCCCGGCUCGCUGUUGGGCCAGAAGAGAGGGGUCUCUCCAGUCUGACGUUCCUGGCACGCUAUGACGGGAAGCCUUGUCCCUUUGAGGGCAGGCAGCUUGGAGCUGACACUGGUGUCUUGUUUCACAGGCUGGAGAAGUCAGAAACCACAAAGAACAGAAAACAGGACAGAAAACAAGAAGCUCAAGUCCCCAGCAAACAGCUUCUGUGA